UCCAAGGUCAGCUAGGCCUAGCUGACCAAAACGAUCACAAACUCCGCAAACCGAAAAUGGGGUUUCUAUGGACGCUGCUGGAGCUCUUGCUCGCCUUCAUUAUCAUCGCACUCUUUGCUUUACUUUCUGCAAUCUUCAUCGAAGCUUCUCGAAGAAGUUACAACCACACGCAUGUCGAAGCCCCCGCGAUCUUCGAGGACCCUAAUUCGUUAAAGCAGGUUCCUUGCCCUCAUGUUUCUGAUCCGGCAGAGAAGUAUAUAUCUUUGAUAAUACCUGCAUUCAAUGAAGAGCAUAGACUUCCUGGAGCACUUGAGGAAACUAUGAAUUAUCUUGAACAACGUGCGGCAAAGGAUAAGUCAUUUUCUUACGAGGUGGUGAUUGUUGAUGAUGGAAGUUCUGAUGGGACUAAAAAAGCAGCUUUUAACUUUGUAAGGAAAUACACUGUAGACAAUGUGAGGGUUAUCCUUCUUGGUAGAAAUCAUGGCAAGGGAGAAGCUAUUAGAAAAGGAAUGCUUCAUUCACGUGGUGAACUGCUUCUAAUGCUGGAUGCUGAUGGAGCAACCAAGGUUAAUGACCUAGAAAAACUUGAAAAUCAGAUUCAUGCUUUUGCCAGAAAAGAGUAUCAUUCUGGGGAUUCAGCAGCCAGUGAUUCUAGUAUUAAGAUAUCUGAUAUCCCAAUUGCUGCAUUUGGUUCUCGUGCUCAUCUUGAGGAAAAGGCUCUAGCUACAAGGAAAUGGUACCGUAAUUUUUUAAUGAAGGGUUUCCAUCUUGUGGUUGUCUUAACUGCGGGACCUGGAAUUCGUGACACUCAGUGUGGGUUUAAGAUGUUUACUAGGGCUGCUGCAAGGAAGCUUUUCACAAAUAUUCGUUUGAAGAGGUGGUGUUUUGAUGUUGAGUUAGUUUUCCUGUGUAAGUGGUUUGGCAUCCCAAUGAUUGAGAUAUCUGUGAACUGGUCUGAAAUACCUGGAUCCAAGGUGAAUCCGUUGAGCAUACCAAAUAUGCUUUGGGAGCUUGCGCUAAUGUCUUUCGGAUAUCGAACCCGUAUGUGGAAAAUUUUUAAUUGAGCCUUCGUAUUGGAGUUCAUCUGGAAGAAUUAAAGAAAAGUGACACCUGAUUAGGCGUUAGGGUAUACGCUUCCUUCUUUCGAGAACAUUUGCAUUGAGAAAAUUUUACAAUUUUCGGAGAUCUAACCUCGCAAUUUCGGCAUGUAAGAUAAUUUGGGGGUACUUUCUUUUUUGUUUAUUCCCGAUCCAUUGGAUUAAUUCCCAAUCUCCCCCUAAAGUAAAAAAAAUUGAGCAGUAUUGUUCAUGA